GCCUGCCCACUUUUCUUCAGACUUCAAUAACUUACGUGGCGCAUCCAUCCACUGAUGUCCAAAAAUUUUCUUGUCCUUGCCUUAAUAUCUUCUGCAUUAAACCUUGUUGCUGCGCGACUUCACUCUCUUCCAGAGGACCCUCAUGCUUUUCCAAAAUACAAAGUUACAUUUUUGAAUAACCUUCCGGUUCUCAACGAAACUGCGCAGAAAUGGCUCAGCCAGGGCAUUCCCGGAGGUGAACUCGAGUUUCUAAACCAGCCUUGGGAGCAUGCCACCGAAGAAGUGCCGCUCUCUCUGGGCCACAAAGAAAUAGACGAUGGAGGUUUCGGAGAGUCGGGUUCUUCAUCACCGGUGUUGCCCGAAAGUCAUAUCCCCUAUUCUCUUGAACAAAUGAAGAUGGGUCCACGGGACUCUUAUCUGUGUCUUGUUCCCAGACCUCUUGAAUUUUCUUCAUCUACAUCAGAUGUUGAUUCAGAUGAAGAAAUCACUCCAGCGCGCAGUUGGUCUCUCUUACAACCUCUUUCUGGAACGUGUCUCUAUCAUCGACAAGGGUGGUUUACUUAUUCAUACUGUCAUAAUGACCAGAUCCGACAAUUCAGAGAACUACCCCAAGCGCACUCACACAUGCCAGAGGAGGACCAUUCGUGGGAAUCGUAUACACUUGGCAAAGCACCACCCGCUCCGGAGCCAGGAGCUGAUCUUACAGUAGCGGAGCAAAAUGCAAUAGAAGCGAACUUAGAGCUUGCGCGCGGUGCGGGUUCACGGUAUCUUGUCCAACGCUGGGGCGAUGGCACCAUCUGUGAUAAGACAGGUAAAGGUCGUGAAGUUGAAGUUCAGUUCCACUGUUCAAUGACGAUGUCGGAUACGAUAUUAUUAGUCAAGGAAACAAGAACUUGCGCCUACGUUCUUGUCAUCAACACCCCUCGUCUGUGUGGUGAACCUGGUUUCAGAUCCCAACACGAUUUUGUAGAACAGGCUCAAAUACGUUGCCGGGAGAUUGUCCACACACAAUCCGAGGAAUUUCAUGACGUUCCCGAGACUGAUUAUCCACAAAAAAUUCCACGUAUUAAAAAGGCGUUACCUCCCAAAUCUGCCGAAAAAUUCGAGAAAAGCUCCGGUGGCGUAUCAACUGAAAGCAUUCUACUCAAAACCUUGGAGGCUUUUUUUGGAGAAAAUUCUAAUGGGCAGGUGGUUGUCCAACAAGUCACAGAUGACGGGGAGAUGGUGAUCGAGUUCCUGGAUGACCUCUCAGACGAUGGGGAUGACGGUGAAGAUGUGGCGGAUAAAAUCACGAACGUUUUACGAGCUGCUGGAUACAAUAUCAAAGGAGAGGAAAGAAACAAGCAGACUACGCCUGGUGAUUCAGAUAAGAAAAGACAGGACAGGUCAUCAGAUUCUUCGUCGUCCGAAAAACAGGCUGCCUUACAGGAGCAGGUUCGAGACGAAUUGUAGGUAAUUCAAUUAAAUAUGUUGUUUGUACUGCGCCCUCGUUGUUCUUUGGACCCAUGUGCUAAGUGAACUGGAGAAGAAGAAACGUUUUGCGUUUUCAGGAACGGUCAACCACUUGGGCACAUUAAGGGCCUUAGGGCGGUUAGACCCAUAUGUCAAGCUCUAAGCUCGGCUGUCAUAUCCGUGUUGAAUACUCACUGCGCAUUUAGGCGCAAAAAGACGUCUUAUUUCAGGUUUUUCACUUCGAAAUGUAGUAUAAGGUAGUACAGUG